AGAGCUUUUGAUCGGUCGAAUAACAUAACACACAUUCCAAAAACAGCACACUGUGCAUAUCUUCUUCAGAUGAAGCUCAAGUGGAGAUCAGUCUCCAUGAAUCAUAAGAAUGUGCUUCUCAUCAAGCUCAUCUCCGCUAUCCUCAUAACUUUUUUCGCUUUCCGUCUCUUCAUUUUACACUCCAGCGAGUUUUCUCCAAUCUUUGCGUCGGUCACCGGUAAAUUCGAAGCUCGGUUACUGCCGCCGAAGGUUCUCGUGCCGGAAAACGAAGAUCUAAUUCCUCAGGAUAUUGAAGUAGAGAAGUGCAAUCUUUUCGCCGGGAAAUGGAUCCCAGACUCAUUAGGACCAAUCUACACAAACACCUCUUGCGGCUCGCUCAUUGAUGGCCACCAAAACUGUAUCACCAAUGGCCGGCCUGACUCAGAUUUUCUCUACUGGAAAUGGAAGCCUCAUGACUGUUUGUUACCACGUUUCGACCCUCUAAGAUUUCUUCAACUUAUGAGCCACAAAUCUUGGGCAUUGAUUGGUGAUUCCAUAUCGCGUAACCAUGUGGAAUCUCUUCUUUGUAUGCUCUCUACGGUUGAAGUACCGGUUGAAGUAUACCAUGACAAGGAGUACAAAUCCAAACGUUGGCAUUUCCCUCUACAUAACCUUACUAUAUCCAACAUUUGGUCGCCAUUUCUUGUUCAGGCCGCUAUUUUCGAAGAUUCAAACGGUGUCUCGACCGCUUCUGUUCAGCUACAUCUUGAUAGACUCGAUGAGACAUGGACCAAACUCAUGCCUACCCUCGACUAUGCAAUUAUCUCAACGGGUAAAUGGUUUCUUAAAUCCGCGAUUUACCAUGAAAAUGCAAAACCCGUCGGUUGCCAUAACUGUCAAGAAAAACCUCACUUGGAAGAGUUAGGAUUCGACUAUGCUUAUAACGCAUCUCUGCGGAAUGUCAUGGACUUCCUAGCUGGGGAAGAUAACUGUAGAGGCACGAUAUUUUUCCGGACUUCGACCCCAGAUCAUUUCCAGAACGGGGAAUGGCAUAGCGGUGGGACGUGUAAGCAAACAGAGCCGGCCAGCGAUGAUGAGAUAGAGAUUAAAGAUGUACAUAAGAUACUAAAAGAUAUUGAGAUUGGUCAGUUCAAGAGGGCGGUUAGAGAGAAGACGGGUCAGGACGGUGGAAUUCUUAAGCUUUUGGACUUCACCGGGAUGUUGCUGACCCGACCGGACGGUCAUCCGGGUGCAUACCGACAGUUCAGGCCGUUUGAUAAAGACAAAAAUGCAAAGGUACAAAACGACUGCCUACAUUGGUGCUUGCCUGGUCCCUUUGAUUACUUGAAUGAUGUUAUAUUGGAGACCAUAGUAAAUGGCUGAGCCGGACCAACACAGUGUGAUUGGCACAUUGCUAAUGGUUGAACCCGGUAGAAUUGAAAAACCGGUUCUCUGGGGUUACAUAGACUAAUAUUGGUGCAAAUUUGUGUGAAUUGAAAAUAUGUAAAAUUGUGUAAGAAAAAGUUGAGAUACUGUGAUUCUGAUUAUUGAGAGCUAGCCGGUUGAAAAAGCAAAAUCGGUUUGGUAUAUCGGUUAAUUU